GCUUCUUUCUCGUAAACCCUAAACCCUAGCCGAUUUUUCUUUUUCAGAAGAAAGAAGAAGAAACACAGCGCGCGCAAACCACACACUACACUACACCACUGCUUCAUUCACUUUCCUUCAAUGGCUCCGCCAAGGAAGAAACCCUCGAAGCCACGCAAAUCCCCGAAGAACCCGAAGAGGACCGAACCCAAGCACGAUUCCAGCGACGAGUCCGAGGAAGAGAUGCCGCCGCAGCAACUCGAGCUCGGCGAUGACGGCGCCGACUCCGAUUCCGCGUCGGAGCUCUCUUCCGACGGCGAUGAUCCUUUGGCCGACGAUUUCCUCCAAGGAAGCGAUGACGAAGAGAAAGCCUCGGGUUCGGAUUCAGGUUCGGGUUCCGGUUCUGAUUCGGAUGAUGAUGAUAUUGAAAAGAAGUCGAGAGCUAUUGAUGAAGAAAAGGCGAGAGAGGAAGAGGACGCGGAAGCCGAAAUGCAGCUCAACAUCAACCAAGAGUCUGAUGAGUUUAGAUUACCUACCAAAGAGGAACUUGAGGAAGAAACUCUGCGCCCACCUGAUCUUACCAAUCUCCAGAGGAGGAUUAAAGAGAUUGUUCGUGUUCUUUCAAAUUUUAAGGCUUUGAGGCAAGAGGGGUCAACAAGGAAAGAUUAUGUUGAGCAGCUUAAGAAAGAUAUAAGUACAUACUAUGGCUACAAUGAGUUUCUAAUUGGUGCUCUAGUGGAGAUGUUUCCAGUUGUUGAACUUAUGGAACUGAUUGAAGCCUUUGAAAAGCCACGCCCUGUAUGUCUGAGGACUAACACAUUGAAGACACGCAGACGGGAUUUGGCUGAUGUUCUGAUAAAUAGGGGAGUAAAUUUGGAUCCUUUAAGCAAAUGGUCAAAGGUUGGACUUGUUGUGUAUGAUUCUCAAGUGCCAAUUGGUGCUACUCCUGAGUAUAUGGCUGGUUUCUACAUGCUACAAAGUGCAAGCUCUUUUCUGCCUGUGAUGGCCUUAGCUCCUCAAGAGAAGGAACGAGUUGUUGAUAUGGCUGCUGCACCUGGUGGUAAAACAACUUACAUUGCUGCACUAAUGAAAAAUACUGGAAUAAUUUUUGCAAAUGAAAUGAAGGUACCUAGGCUUAAGUCACUGACUGCAAAUCUGCAUAGACUGGGUGUAUCUAACACUGUAGUUUGUAACUAUGAUGGAAAGGAGCUUCCAAAGGUUUUAGGUGUCAAUGCCGUUGAUAGAGUCUUGUUGGAUGCCCCUUGCAGUGGAACUGGGGUUAUAUCCAAAGACGAGUCUGUUAAAACUUCUAAAAGUCUGGAAGAUAUACAGAAAUGUGCACAUGUACAGAAGGAGCUCAUUCUUGCCGCAAUUGACAUGGUGGAUGCUAAUUCAAAAUCUGGGGGAUACGUAGUUUAUUCUACAUGCUCAAUCAUGGUUGCUGAGAAUGAAGCAGUUAUUGACUAUGCACUCAAAAAGAGGGAUGUUAAACUGGUUCCUUGUGGACUUGAUUUUGGGCGUCCAGGGUUUAUAAGGUUUAGGGAACAACGUUUUCACCCUUCUUUAGAAAAGACAAGGCGUUUCUAUCCUCACGUGCACAAUAUGGAUGGGUUUUUUGUUGCAAAGUUGAAAAAAAUGAGCAGCUCAAAGCCUGGUGCAAAACCAUCAGAAACAGCCGAGGAAGAAGAAACUACUACGUCAGUGAAGGAAAAGGAGAAAUCAACUGAUGGCAUAAAAGAAAAUGGAAAUGUAUCUUCUGAACCCGAAUCCAAAAAGAUGAAGAAAAGGAAAUUCCCAUCAAAACCAAGUAAUGGUUUAAAAGAAAAAGGCAAAGAAUCUUCUGAAUCUGAACCUAAAAAGAGGAUGAAAAGGCAAUUUCCAUCUAAGGAAGAGAUUUCGAAAGCAAGGGAGGAGAAGAGAAAUGCUUUAAGAGAAAAAAAGAGAAAAGGUAGCAAAAAACAACAGAAGCAAAAAUGACCCGUUGGCAAUACAUGAAGCAGUGAUAGUCAAGUGUGCAGUUUUAGCGCAGAACCGACUCAACUCCAACAAGAUGGAAGUGCUGCCUGUCACAAUUUUGUACCCUGGAAUCAGUGUCAUGCCCUAAUCUUAGGGGGCCCAUUUUUGUUUUGUUUGUAAGGUUAUUCAUUUAGCUGAGGUUUAUUUUAACUUUCGAUAUGCAAAGCUGUAAAUCAGAAAAGAAAUAUUCCUUUUUCUUAUGUGGUAUUAUUUAAUUUGAAUUUAUUUUCUAAUCAAUAUUGUCCUCGAUGUUAGUUGUCCUCCA